UUGUAAUGAAAAACUGCGCCAACAUUUAGAAAGUAAAUAAAUAGACAAGUGGGCUAUGACAUAAACAUACAACUUGAAAGAUGACAUAGUAGGUAUAUCUAUUACUAUGGCUUGUUUAGGGUCUGAGAGUGAUUUAAGGGAGAGCCCCUUGGAAUUUUACCCUCCAAAAAUGUGGGGCUUAGACUAUCAUUUCAAUGUGUACAACAAAAUGUAUGUCAAGGACAUUCUAGAAAUGCAAGAAUAUCCACACUUCACAGGUGCAUUUUCAUACAAAAAUCAUCCUAUAUAUAAGGUGGAUGUUUUAGGAGUGGUUGUGAAGAAAGUGGAAAACUCAAAAUGUUUCAUCUAUGCAGUUGAUGAUGGUACAGGGUGUAUUCUAUGCUGUUGCUGGAAAGACAACUUUUACAGUCAUACAGGUACAGGUGCAAAUUUAGAUCUUCCUCCAACGUUACAACAUAAAAUUGAUGAACUAGACACCUAUACUGCCAGUGUUACAGAAGGCUAUAUUCUAGGUGAUCUUAUACAGGUUAAAGGAAAAUUGAAGAUUUUUAGAGACAAGAAAGAAGUUGUGGCAACUAUCCACAAGAAGGUGACAGAUCCACAGUUUCAAGUAUUUAGAAUAUGUGAGUUACCUAGGUUAUAUAAUCAGAGAUACGACAGACGUUUCCAGUUGCCAUACAAGGUUCAGCAAGCAUUGAAACAACAUAGACAAGAUAUAUCCUGUGGUACCACCUCAGAGACGUCAAUUAUAUAUGACCUGAAAACUGUGAUAUUUGAAUACAUCUCAAAAAGCAAUUGUAUAAUUGACCUUCCAGUGAAUGACCUUUUACAGUAUAGCAAGGUCAAGGACAUAUUAUCAAAACUAAAUGAUGGUAAAGUAAGUUGAAUUAUCAAUUACUUAGUCACUUAUGUGCACAUGUUACAUUUCUAUUUUUUAGGGAAAUUAGACAUAAAAAAGAAAGUUUAAAAUUAUUCAUUAAUAUCAUUAAACCAU